AUGACCAUUCUAGACAUGAUGAACUUGUCCACGCUGGCUGCUGCCACGCUCGCUCUGUACGCUUUUUAUGAAGUGGUCCAAAGCUUUUUGUACCUCAGUCAUGUCCCAGGACCAAUUAUUGCUGCAUUCACCAACCUCCAACGAGUGUGGUGGGUAAAAUCCGGCAAAGCACAUGAAUAUCAUCGCGAAAUGCACGAAAAAUAUGGCAAGCUUGUUAGAUUUGGCCCUAACAUGGUAUCCAUUUCCGAUCCCAGCGCCAUGUCUAUAAUAUACCCCCAUCGACCCGGGUAUCAAAAGAGUGACUUUUAUCGAACCCAGAAGCCAUAUUCGCGCAAGAACGGUAUUCUUCCUGCGGUAUUCAACACACAAGAUGAAACCCUCCACCGGCAGCUCCGAAAGCCAAUCGCUUCGCUCUAUUCCAUGACCAGCAUUGUGGGCUCGGAGCCAGCUGUAGACCAAACGUUGGAGCUUCUCUUUCAACAGCUUGAUCGGCGAUUCGGCGUGACAGGGCAGUCACUCGAUCUUGCAGAAUGGUUGCAGUUCUUUGCCUUUGAUGUGAUGGGGAUGUUAUCUUUCAGCGAGCGACACGGACUUAUAGAGACAGGCAGGGAUGACCGUGAAAUAUUACCUGGGAUUUGGUCCUUUAUGAAGACCGUUGCUCCGAUUGGCCAAAUCCCCUGGCUUGAUCGGGUUUGGAACAAAAACCCCGUAGUUGCAAUGUUUAAACAGACUACGGGACUCAAUGUGCUUGGGGUCGUGGAUAGAUUUGUUUCUGCACGCCAAAACCCUUCACCACAGGAACUAGAGAAAAAGGACAUGCUCUCCAAGUUUUUGGAAAUUAAGAACAAGGACCCUAGUAUCCCUACAUGGGCCCCCAAGGCUUGGACGUUCUCCAAUAUACUUGCCGGAUCAGAUUCAACUGCAACCGCCAUGACUGCUGUAAUGCGCUAUCUUCUUCAGUGUCCGGAUUCCAUGGCCACAUUAGUCCAGGAACUAUCUGAUGCACAUCGGAAGGGGCGCCUUUCACGGCCAUACCCAUCCUGGCAUGAGGUGCGAGAGCUUCCCUAUCUCGAUGCAUGCAUUAUGGAGGCACUCCGGCUCCAUCCCCCGUUCUGUUUGCCCUUUGAGCGUGUUAUUCCUGAGGGUGGCGCAACCAUUUGCGGAACUUAUCUUGCAGCAGGUACGGUGGUUGGCAUGAGCCCAUAUAUUGUAAACCGGGAUAAAGAUACCUACGGUAAUGACGCAGACGAAUGGAGGCCGGAAAGAUGGCUGAAUCUUGACGAUAUGGACCGUCGAAGACUUGAGAAUGGCAUUCUCACGUUCGGAGCUGGUCGACGUACAUGCCUCGGCAGGAAUAUCGCCAUCUUUGAAAUGAAAAAACUGUUUCCGGCUCUUUUAAUGCGAUACAAGGUAUCCGCUAUUGGGCCAGUCCAACUUAGGAUGGAGAAUUCGUGGUUAUUUAAGCAAUGGGACUUGCACGUUCAAAUUCGUUUGAAUGAAGCGGUGCAGCCCCCUCGGUUGGAGGUCCCUUCGUCAUCAUCUACAGCCCUUGUGAGGGUUAUCGAUCCAGGCACAACCGUUGAUCUGACGCCAAACCUCUUCUGGCAACCUGCACUCAACGGACUUGACAAAGUCACAGUACCAACGUACUGCUUUUUGAUAUCAAGCGGCGAGCGCCAUAUUCUAUUUGAUCUAGGCGUCCGACUGGACUGGCAAAACUUGGCACCCACAGCUGCACAACUUAUCAGAGCCACCACCACAGUCUGCAACCCCAGAAAUGUAGCGGAUAUCCUUGACACUACUCUCAUCCCAGAUGCAGAUAUCCGUUGUACUAAAGUCGAAGCCAUUGUGUGGUCCCAUGACCAUUUUGACCAUACCGGAGACCCCUCCACCUUUCCACCGUCCACCAACUUGGUCGUGGGCCCGGGCCUGCGAUCUUCCUGGCCAGGGUACCCAUCCAACCCCGCCAGCCGAGUUCUCGACUCUGAUAUCAAGGGCCGUCAACUCUGCGAGAUUUCCUUUGACCACAGCCCACUCAAGGUCGGUUCCUUUGACGCAUUUGACUACUUUGGUGAUGGGUCCUUCUACCUCCUCAAUGCUCCCGGCCAUUCGAUCGGGCACAUGUGCGCACUGGCCAGAGUGACCACAUCCCCGGAUACAUUUGUAUUCAUGGGUGCGGAUGCAUGUCAUCACCCGGGGGUUCUUCGCCCGACUAAAUACCGUCCCUUACCGUCAGGCCAGCGCUCGCCUCCCGGAUUAAGCGCGUGUGCAACAUGUCCCUCGGCUGGGGAUGAGGCGUUCUUUCAGGUCUCCUCUGCUUUGACGACGGAUCAUGCAAGAGCCUUGGAGACGGUGGAGAAAAUCAAAGAGCUAGAUGCAUCGGAUGAUGUAUUUGUUAUUCUUGCUCACGAUUAUAGCUUGAGGGGGAAGAUCCCUUUCUUCCCUGAUACGGUCAAUGAUUGGCAACAGAAGGGAUAUGGGUCUUCCACCAGGUGGCUGUUCUGUGAGGACUUGGUGAACUUGUAA